GCAGACUCCAUCAUCGCAAGGCAAGCCCGGCCCGGAACCGUCGUCGAGAAGAGAGACAAAGUGGAGUAGGCCAUGUCCAACGUGCCCACCUCCCUCCGCGACUCCUCCCUCACCGUCUUCCGCCUCGCCAUCUCCAGCUCCGACCCCUGGCCCUUCUCUUCCUGCCUCUAGCCACCAGCCUCCUCCGCCUCGGCUUCCUCCUCCUCCUCCUCCUCCUCUUCUAGAGCAACCAGCCGGGCGGCGGCCUCUCCUCCUCGCUUCGGUUCUCGGGGGCUCGACCGAUCUGGCCCGCCUGGCGGCCAUCAUCAUGCACGGCAAGCAGCAGCACCACCACCAGCAGAUGGCGCCGGCCGUGGUGGCGCCCAAGGGGUGCGUGACGGUGCGGGUGGGCGCGGACGGGGAGGAGCAGCGCCGGUUCGCCGUCCCGCUGGGCCACCUCAAGCACCCGCUCUUCGGCGCGCUGCUCGAGGAGGCCGAACGCGAGUACGGCUUCCGCCACCAGGGCGCCAUCGCCAUCCCCUGCCGCGUCGACCGCUUCGUCCAGGUCGAGCACCUCAUCGGCCAGGACCUCCACGGCACCAGCAGCACCUGCGCGCAGCACCUCGUCGACCUCGACAGCGCCGCCGCCGCCGCGCACCACCACCACCACCACCACCACCACCUGCACCUGCCGCGCUUCGUCGGCUGCUUCCGCGCCUGAUGAUCCGGUGGCCGAUCGGUCGAGGUGGCUCCUUUGUGCUGCUUGAUUGAUUAGCUUUUGGUUUUCCUCGUCCUGCGCUGUCUGUUGGUUUGUGAGGGUUGGUGACGAUCGGUGUGAAGCUUUGCGGCGAGAGCCAUGGAGGCCGAUGAUGCAUCUAGCUAGAUGUUGACGAUGAUGACGAAAAAUUGUGAUGAGAUGAACUCAAUUGUAAAGAUCUAGAGAGAUCCUAUUGAUCUUUAGCCUUAGUCUUUCCCCCCUUUGCCUAUACGUCAAUAUAAUUAAUACUUUGCUUA